CAGUUUGCCCACGCCAUGUCCAUGGAGCCGAAGUUGUUGAAACAGCUGCUGCUGAAGAACCAUCAGGACGCCAUCUACCAGAACCAGUGCCAGUCUCUGUGCCUGCCCAUGGCGGACAGUCGGGAGCGCAUUCGAGGACCGUCGCGCGAUGGCCGCGAGUUUCUGACCAGCCCGCGUCAGGUGCUGCGCCGUCUGAUGCUGCUGUCGGAGGGGCGCCAAUAUCGCGAGGCGGCGGGCGUGGUGGGUCGCUUGGGUCCCUCGGUGCUGCACUCGGUGAUCGCGGAGCUGCCCAUUGACUUGCUGCUGGAGCAUCUGCCACACAGCGCCUAUUUGCUGGAGUCUUUCUACACGAGGCUGACCACGCUGAACAGCACGCCCAAGCCGGACGUGCCCAGCGAGACCGUGGUGUGGCAGCUCGUGCGUCUCUUUGCCAAUCCACAUGAGUCUGGGCUGCGGCAGCGCUGCUCCAAGCUGAUGCAGGCCUUGGCCCAGUAUGAGCCCGCCCUGCGGCAGGCGCUGCGCGAACGUCGACGCAGCUUCGACAAUGCCGUGCAGGGCUUGGGCGUGCAUGGACUGACCACAGAUGCCUCCGGGCAGCUGAUAUCGUUGCACGUGGCGCUGAAGACGGAGCUGCAGCGGCACGUGGACACCUACAAGAUGGCCAUACACAAGCUGGAGGAGCUGAGCAUGGUCACGAUCAAUCAGGAUCCGGCACACUCCUCCCAUCAGCGCCUGCUGGCCAUCAACUAUGGCGACAUCCAGCAGCGACUGAUCGACAACAAGACCCUGCUGACCAUGCUGGACAAGCCGGCGCUGAAGCAGCUCUACACGCUCGUCGAGAAUCUGAGCACGCGCGUCGAGAACGACAAGGAAGUGUUGUCCUGUGUGGGUCAGGUGAAGCGCCUGGAUGCCCAGGCGCACAUCGAGAAGCGCCCUGCCGCCGGCCUGCUGAUGAACUUCUCGCGCGGCUGCGAGGUGGUGCUCCACAUGAUGGGCCCAGAGAGUGUGCCGCCCAGUCCGCUGGCGGCCAACAAAACCACAGCCGCUGGCAGCGCCGGCGGCAGCAGCUGCAGCGAUGGCUACCACUCGGACGACUCGGCCAGCGAGGAUGGCAGCGAAUUGGUGUCACACUAUCGAAAUCUCUACAUCGAGAAUCGAGCAGACGCCCUGGAGGCGUUGGAUAGCUUGCCCCAGCUCAAGCACGUGCACAGUCUGAAGGCCAAGAUACUCUUCUCCAUGAUUGUGCUUUCUUUUCGCCUGUGCCACGGCAUGCGGGAGCGCAAGGUGCUAGAGGUGCGCCGCGUGCUCAACUGCCCGCUGGAUAGCAGCAGCGAGACGACCCUGGCCCUGGACCGCUCGGUGCGCCAUCAUCUGCACGAGACAACCGACAGCUUUCCGCUGGGCGAGAUCGAACGCUCCGUUUUCAACCAGGUGCUGUCCACGCUGCACGAGUAUCCCUGCCUGGAAUCCUGUCCGCCGCUGACGCACUUCGUCAGCGCCUGUGUGCGACUGGCCUGGCGCAUGAUCAACCAGAAGGCGCCCUACUAUCUGGACACUGAUUUCAAUCUGGGCUUUCUGCGCCCCGAGAAGCACGAGCGUCAUCCGCAGUCGGAUCGUCGCUCGGACCUGAUCAAGGCCUUCCUCUGGCCCGCUCUGAUGCAGAACAACCAGUGCGCCUUCAAAGCAGUCGUGGCCACCUAGUUGC